UUCUUUAGAGAGUGCUAGAACACUUUACGGCACUGUUGACAUCUGCGACUUCAUGUUAAGUGCGUAUCGCCUUUUGGCAUUUAUUUCAGUUAUGCUUUGGUCGUUGGGAAACCCCGCUAUCAAAUGAGUGUCUUUGAUUUGUUUCGCGGGUUCUUCGGGGUGCCUGGAGGCCACUAUCGCGGCCGGAGAGAUCCCUUCUUUGAUACAAUGACUCAUGAUGAGGAUGAUGAUGAUGAUGAUGAAGAUGGAUUUUACUAUGAUGGUUAUCGGGGUGACCAGCAGGAUCCCUUUGAUCACGACUGGAGGUUUGGCUUCAGCUUCGGCCCAGAUGGAAUGAGGAUCCACGAGCCUCCUGUGUUUGGCCAGGUCCUCAGGGAGAUGGAGGAGAUCUUCUCUCAGCUGGGUAGCAGGGACUGGCAGUCAGAGCCCGGGCAUUUUGGUGUUCCCAUGCUGCCACCAUCUCAGGAUGGAGAGAACAGGGGUGAAGGGGGAUCCAGUGGGAACCCCCUGAGAGAUUUUAUGCUGAAAAUGCCUGAUGGUGACACCCCUGGGCCCAAAGCAGGGCCUUCCAGAGAGCCUAGAAAUGACAGCCACCCUUCUUAUGAGUCACCAGGGGACUACAGCUGGACUCCUUUUUCAAAGUUCAAUGAUUUCUGGAAAAAUGGACCACAGAAGGAGCUGCGAAAAGAAGAUGGAGAUCUGGACGCUGCUGUGUCCUCUGGAGGCCUGGAUCAGAUUCUAACGCCACCUGCUGGUCAGGAACCAAAUCAACCCAGGACUAGAUCCUUCUUUCAGUCAGUCAUGGUCACAAAAGUAGUGAAACCUGAUGGGACUGUGGAGGAGAGGCGAACAGUAAGAGAUGGACGAGGUAAUGAAGAGACCACAGUGACUCGAUCAGGAGGUCCAGGUAGCCUGGAGGGUCCAGACCCUCACUCCACACCCUUUAUGCCAGGUGACCAACAUCCAUUUUCAGACAUGCGUGAUGACGAGUCAUUAUUCUCCAAGUUCUUUCGAGGGUUUAGAUAAAGUGUGAAAUGGAUUAUAAAGUGAAAAAGUUUUCUGCUGUUUCAGGAUGUAAGUGCUUCCAUAGAGCUGUGACUAUGAAUAUUAUAGGCUAUGUCUGAGUUUGAACAGAACACAUGAAUGACUUUGAAUUGCCAAAAUUAAAAGCAUCUGCAAAGGAUCUCUGGCCUGUUGAAGAUGAAAGACGAAGAUGUGACAGACCUCGUAGACUAGAAGCUGCCAAUCCCCGAAUACUUGUGAUUUUGUCAAAGCAGGACAAAUCAGGGACUAAAUAAUUCACUGUUAUAUAUUUUAUUUUUGAUGUCUUUGUAGCAAAAGCUUGUAUGGAUGUGAGUGUGCGGUAUGUAAAAUAAAAAAUCUUAAUUU